AUGGCUGCCCCUCCCUUCCCCCCUCCACCCUCCUCGCCGCCGACGCUCCCUCCGAGCCCGGCUUCCACCCUCCAGCCCUCGUUCGCCAUGCCUGAGUUCCCCCCAGCUCCUCCCUCCCCCCUCUCCCCUUUUGCACCUCCGUUUCACCCUGGGGCCUCCUCUACGGGCAGGACGAAAGCUCAAAGAUGGCUCCAGGACUCCCCUGGCUCCACCACACCCUCGGCCUCGUCGGCCCCUGCUCAUUCGCGGUUGAGCUCCACACAGAAAGGGAAGGCGGUUGUUCUUCCCAGCAGCAUCGAGCCUCGCCGCGCUGCUCCUCCCUCCAGGUUAAUGGCUGCCGCUAGAGCGGCCCCGCCUGACUCCCGCCACGCCUCAUCCUGA